AUGCCCAUUAAAAGGGGUCAUAUUGCACCACACAACACCUACAUCGUAACUCUUAUUAGAAAUUUUGACUCUCAAUAUGAAAACUUUAUCGUGGCAAAUGCCACACUUCCUUCCAGACCAAUUAUAUACUGUAGUGAUGGUCUUUGUGAGCUUCUUCGAUAUACGAAGGGCCAGCUUAUGCUCAAGUCUUCAGCCCUAUCAAUUUUCUAUGGACCUGAGACUACCGUUGAUUCAAUGGAGACUUUGUUGGCAGCUCUUAAUCAGACUAACGAGACGGAAGUGCUUAUGAACCUCUAUUCCAGAGAUAAUUGCCUUAUAAGCUUCCGCAUUGUUGUAACUCCUGUCCGUGAUGAGACUGGUGGGUUGCCACUCUACCUACUUUUUUUCAGAGAAGAGGUCAGUAACACACAAACCCUCUCGCAAAUGAACAAAGGACCAACUCUGCGCACAAAGUGGCAGCUAAAAUCUUUUCGAGUAAACAAAAGCCCUAACCAUAUGCCGAAAACCCCCAUUCGAACUAACAUAUCAAAAUCUACCAAACCUUCUGUCUUAGACGUGAAAAAGCACUUCAGAGAUAAGAAGUAUGAUACAUCUGAUUUGAAGCUGGGUCCGGUAGGUGAAGGUACUACUAUAACGGAGUCAUUGGCCCGUCCACAAAGCUUAUCUUCAAGCGAUAAGAUCCAAUUUAUUGAAGACUGUCCAACUGAGUCUGUAUCUGGUCAAUCUAAAGAAUGUCGUCCAACUUCCUUAUUUUUACCAAAAAGUCAAGAUGAUUCACUUAAAAGAGAAUCUCUCUCAAAAAUCGAUGUUUCAGAAAGCCAGCAUGAGACUCCUAAAUGCUCUGACAAGUCUAAGCGUAGACCAUCUACAUGGUAUAGAGGUUACGCUGAAGAUGAAAGUCCAGAAAUAAUUCAUGGUUCUUCCAGAAAAAGCCGGCACUUACAUCCAACCAGUGAAGAGUCUGAGGCUCUGCAAUUGGUGCUGAGUAGUCAUGCAGAGCCACCAAAAUCAUCCGUUACUGAGAAAUUUGCUCAAUUUCUAUCUAUGGAUGAAGAUUUACAUGUUGAGCAUCGUUUUCAAUCUCCACGUAUGCAUAAAUUUACACUAAAACAUUAUAGUGUUUUUAAAGCUGUUUGGGAUUGGAUUAUAUUAGCACUUAUUAUCUAUACAGCUAUUUUUACUCCAUAUGUAACUGUUUUUCUUAUGAAUACAGGAAAUAAAUAUGCAAAAUUAAUUUCUUCAGGAAACAUAACAACGACAACACCACCAUCGACAGCGAUCACUUUUGAUAUAAAUCAUAUACAGAAUAAAUCUUCAACAAAUAAUCAUUCUGAAUCAUUAGAUAUUCUUCCUACUGUCCACCCAUCAAUCACUACCUCUUCAUCAUCAUCAUCAUCAUCAUCAUCACCAACAUUAUUAUCUACAGUAGAUAUCUUAGUUGAUGUCAUGUUCAUUAUUGAUAUUUUAAUUAAUUUUCGUACAACUUAUGUGAAUAAAAAUGAUGAAGUUGUUUCACAUCCAAAACGUAUAGCUGCUCAUUAUAUUAAAGGCUGGUUUAUUAUUGAUCUGGUAGCGGCAAUUCCAUUUGAUUUAUUAUUUUUUCGUACAGCUGGUGAUCAACCUACUGCUCUUACAGGUUUAUUAAAAUCAGCUCGUCUUCUACGUUUAGUGGGUAUUGUACGUAAAUUGGAUCGAUAUUCAGAAUAUGGUGCUUCUAUUUUAAUACUAUUAACAGCAUUAUUUGCUUUAAUUGCCCAUUGGUUAGCGUGUAUUUGGUAUGCUAUUGGUAAUGCAGAACAUUUAUAUAGAGAUCCAAAAAUUGGUUGGUUAGAUACAUUAGCUAUACAUACUGAACAAUAUUAUACUGAUCAACCAAAUUCUGGUCCUGAUUUAAAAACAAAAUAUAUCACUGCAUUAUAUUUCACUUUUUCUAGUCUUACAUCAAUUGGUUUCGGUAAUGUUAGUCCUAAUACAAAUGCUGAAAAAGUAUUCUCUAUUAUAGUAAUGUUAGUUGGUUCUUUAAUGUACGCAAGUAUAUUUGGUAAUGUUGGUGCAUUAAUUCAACGUCUUUAUAGUGGUACAGCCAGAUAUCAUGCUCAAAUGUUACGUAUUAAAGAAUUUAUACGUUUUCAUCAAAUUCCAAGUCCAUUACGUCAACGAUUAGAAGAAUAUUCUACACAAGUAUGGGAGCAUACAAAUGGGAUAGAUAUGACAAUGGUUCAGUAUAGUUUUCCAGAAUCAUUACAAUCUGAUAUUUGUCUUUAUGUAUAUCGUCAUUUUUUAAGUGGAUCAGCUGCAUUUAAAUCAUUAAAUGAUGGUUGUCUUCGAAAUAUCUCAUUAAGAAUUCGUUCUUCACAUAUGCCACCAAGUGAUACAUUAGUACAUACUGGUGAUUUACUUACAGCUAUGUAUUAUGUUGUUAAAGGCAGUUUAGAAGUUGUUACAACAGAUGAUAUUAUAUUAGGUGUAUUAAAUCCUGGUGAUUUUUUUGGUGGUCUACCUCCAUUAGCUAGUGUACAAAAAAAUCCUUAUACUGUACAAAUGAAUUCUGGAUGGAAUUAUUGGUCAGAGAAUCAUUUAAAUUAUAUGAUGAAUACAAAUACAAAAUAUAUACAAAUGGAUGAUUAUACAUCUAUGCCUAAUACAACUGGUACUAAUACUAAUACUAAUUGUAAUAAUAAUAAUAAUAAUAAUACUAAUACUACUAAUAAUAAUCAUAAUUCAAAUAGUGUAAUUUAUCAACCAAAUCCACCGCCAAAAUCACGUUUUGCUGUACGUGCAUUAACUUAUGCUGAUGUACAAUUUAUUGAUCGACAUGAUUUAGCUGAAUUAUGUUCUAUUUAUCCAGAAUUAUCAUUAAGAUUAUUAGAACGUUUUGAAUUAACAUUACCAUUAACUAUUUCAUCUGAUACAAAAUCUAUCAAUACUACUAAUAUGGAUCGUUGUUCUACCAUACCAAAUGUUGAAUCUUUUUUGGAUGCAACAUCAUCAUGGCAUAUUGUUUGUUCACUUUUAACUAGUUCAUUAACAUCACCUGAAUUAAUGAAACAUUCAAAUGAUUAUAUGUUCAAUGAAACAUCAUAUCAAAAUAGAUAUUUUGAUAAUCCAUUUAUUGGGAAACCAUUAUGGGAAUUAGAACGUUAUCAACGUUUAUUUGAUCAUGGUGCAUUAUCAUUUCAUUUAACUGGUUAUUCAAAUACUCAAAUUCCUGUAUGUUUUAUUGAUACAUUAUAUAAUAAUAAUAAUAAUAAUAAUAAUAAUAAUAAUAAUAAUAAUAAUAAUAAUACUUCAGGUGUUACUGUACCGUCCACACAUCAACAUCAUCCAGUUGCACGUAAAUCAGAAUCAUUUACUAUGUGUUCAACGCAUUCAUCUGAACAAAAUCAUUCAUUACCUAUUACACCUGUAACAAAUACACAAACAUUACAUGAACGUCGAAUGCGUAUGCGAUUAGCGCGUAAUCUUCCAACUAGACAACAUCAACAAGUAUCACAUUCAACAAUACCAUCAGUUUUAGUGCCUCCUAUUUCUUCUUCUUCUUGUUCUUCUGUUUCAAAUCUUCCAGUUAAAUCCUCUGAUAAAAAUCGCAUGAUUCAUUCAUCUGUGAUAUAUCCACCGACAACUUUACGUGAUUUGAAUCAUUUAAAUGAAGAGAAAGAAAUUAUUGAUUUGCUUGUGAAGCGUUUUGCUAAUGUAGAAAAACAAAUUGAGAAUCUUGAUAUUCGUAUUUCACAAUCAGUUACUACUAUUUUACAACAAUUAGAAAUGAAAGUAACAAAGCAUCGAUCAAUUCCAAUGUGA